CGAACCACCAGAAACAGACGCCAUGACAGACGACUCGAGGCCGCCUGUCGCCGCCGUCGCCCCCGUGGUGUCUGCUCCAGCACCCCCUGCCCCCAACGGCGCCCACAACGAGAAGCUGGCGUCUUCAUCGUCGUUGAAACAGCAGCCCACCGUGGGCGCCGCCGCUGGCAGGCAGAACUCGUGGAACCUUUCGUCGGCCAGCCAGAUGGACGAGAAAGAGGCCGACCGCCUAGGCCGCAUACGCCCGCCAAUAUUCAAAAACACCUUUGUCGAAGCUGGCUUUUGCGCCGCAAUCCUGCUCUCCAUGAUCAUGGCUGAGUUCCUAAUAAGUGGCUUCAAUGUCGUCUUGCCCAACCUGAUGGUCGACCUCGAAUUCGGUGCCGAGCGGAAGACGUGGCCCUCGAGCGUCUUCUCGCUCGUUGCCGGCGCCUUUCUGCUCCCCUUCGCCCGCCUGUCCGACGCCAAGUUUGGUGGCUACGUCGUCUUCCUGUGCGGCAACGCCUGGAUGGGCAUCUGGACCCUCGCCGCCGGCUUCGCCCAGAGCUACGAGAUGCUCAUCGUGUUCCGCGCCAUGCAGGGCCUCGGCGCCGCCGCCUUCCUGCCCUCGGGCGUCACCCUCCUGGGCCGCGCCUACGCCCGCCCUGGCCGCCGCAAGAACUUUGUUUUCAGCAUCUACGGCGGCUGCUCGCCCUUUGGCUUCUUUGUCGGUGUCCUUAUCGCCGGUGCUGCGAGCCAGCUGGCGAGCUGGCAUUGGUUCUUUUGGGUCGGAGCCAUCAUGCUGUCUCUCGUCUGCCUCAUGACAUUUCUUUGCGUCCCAGCCGAGGCCAAAGGCGCCCCGGUCGCCAUCGACCACGAGACGGGUCAGGUCGUGCCGCACCCUCCCAUGGAUUGGCUCGGCUGCGCCACUUCGAUCCCGGGCCUGAUGCUGCUGGUCUAUGCCAUUACAGACAGCCCCUACCAGAUUGCCAGCGGAUCCUUCUCCGGCUGGAGGUCUCCCCAGAUCUUGGUCACCUUCAUCCUUGGUGUUCUGUUUCUUGCAGCCUUCGUCUACAUCGAAGGCUGGGUUGCCACGGCGCCCCUGGUUCCCCGGAGCAUCUUCAAGGUCAAGCACAUUGCUGCCUUGUUCCUGUGCAUGUUUGUAUCGUUUGGGUCUUUUGGCAUCUACCUCCUUUAUGCCAGCUUCUACAUCGAGACCAUCCUCCACACCCCUCCGCUGCUCGCUGCUGCCUGGUUCGCGCCGCUCGCUGUGGGUGGGCUAACGAUUGCGUUGCUCGGCGGCGCUUUCCUGCACAAGAUCCCAGGCACCGUCCUGAUACUGAUCUCGACGGUUGGCUUCCUGGUCGCGGCCCUGCUCUUCUACUUCAUCCCCGUCCGCGACGCCAACUACUGGGCUUGGGUCUUCCCGGCCAUGGUGUGCGCCACCAUCGGCAUUGACAUCAUGUAUAAUGUGGCAAACAUCUUCAUCACCACCAGCGUCCGUUCGGACCAGCAGGGGCUGGCGGGCGCCAUCAUCAACGGGCUCGUGUUCCUGGGCAUGAGCUUCUUCCUGGGCUGGGCCGAGCUCGCAUCGGCCGUGAACUCGUCAGACGCCCCGGACAACAUGCUGCGCGUCUCGUUCCUGCUCGCAUGCGGUUGCGCCGGUUUCUCGGUCCUGCUUGUGAUAUUCGGCAUCAGGAUCCCCAAGGCCACCGCAGGCCUCACGGCCGACGAGAAGGAGCGUCUGGCGCGCCAGGGCAACUCUUCGACGCCGGAGCCACCCCUCGUCUCGGAUGACUCGUCGGCGCCGGCACAGUCCAAGGUUUAGGAUCCGGACCAGACGGCCGAGUGGGGUGCUGCGGCUCUGUUAUACUAGUGUAUUUCUACAACAAAACCAUGAUACGGUGUUUGGAUUUCUUUUUGGGUUAAUGGUUUUUUGCGUUUUUGGCGGCAUUUUUCUUCAUGUCCAAAGUCGGCAUCGGCAGCAAGAAAUAAGAAUGGGGAGAUAGAGAAGGGCAAAUGACACGUCAGGCCGCUUCCCACACCAAGUGGGAGGGCCGAGACCAUUUGUAUUCAAGAACAAUUGGCGCCCAGGCACAGCAUCAGACGAAUCAGAAGCGCAUCUAAAGCUGAAACAGGAGACCCGGCGCCUUGUCUGUGCGGCCAAGUGCCGAACAAGACGCCGUUUCGCGCCAAGUACCGUUGGGCCCUGCUUCUUGGUAGCUAAAACUGCCCCGGAAGCUAGUUUCCAUGCUUGUCAAGAAAAAGAAGAAGAAAAAAAAAAGGUACACCGGUACCUGCCGGAUUAUGCGCUGCUUUUCUUGGAAGCAGGGUCUUCAUGCGUCCGCGAUAAACACAUGGCAGGGGACGCCGACAUGGGGGCGGGGGAUUCCCUCCCACUUUCCGUUUCGAUGCCCAUGUCACAGCUAGCCCUGUUUUCACUGAUGUCUUUGCCCGUGGCGGUGCAUCUAAAGAGAGAAGUUAUAUUUGAACCUCUUGGUGGUGGUGAAAGACCAAAAAUACCCAAAAGACAACAAGAUCCACGCGACUGCUCGCUAUCCAAUGCUGUAACGGAUGGUAAAUCCCCCAAAAUAGAGAACCCCC